AAGGCAGUCAGUACAAGGCGCAGUUGAGGAGAGCGAGAGCCACAGUAUACAGAGCAGUGUAUAAGACGAUGACGAGAGACACGCAGUGAAGGUGAACGGAAGAAUAAAACACGAGGGAUUGUGAACAAACAGAAGAAAAAAACGGCACAUGACGGGGGAACUGGAUUCACAGCAAGGCAGCUGAGUCCAGCUCAUGAUGAAUAGGAUCCGUUGCAGACUGCAGGCAGGGGUUGUGUGAAUGGAAGAGACACUAGAUCUGUAGAUAGCGGAGACAGAAGUGCAGGGGAUGGUUGGGCUGCAUGGGCUCUGUUGUUGGCAUCGUUGCUGCUGUCCUACACUGCUGCGCUCGAAACCCUUUCAACACGCACAGAUAUGAGCUCCAAACACUCAUCUGACUGGAUCCCUUACAGGUACAUCAGUUUAUUGCACCUUGGAUGAUGAAGGCACAAACCUGCGACAACAGAAGCUGGACAGACAGCGAGCUUUACUGGAACAGAAGCAGAAAAAGAAACGUCAGGAGCCCCUGAUGGUGCAGUCUAAUCUGGACGGGCGGUCUCGAGUGCGUAGGACCCGGCAGUCGGAGGAACAGGCUCCCCUCGUGGAGAGCUACCUCAGCGGAAACAGCAGCACCAUCUACCACGUACAAGAAGCGGAACAGGAAGAAGUUAAAGCCGUAGCAGAGGUUCAGGCCCCUCGCUCGGCUAAAAAAUCCAAGCCGCCUACCUCCACUCCUCAGACUGGCAGCGCCAAGAAGGAGAAAAAGGGCAAGCACAAAGGAAUUGAUGGGCCCGCUGCCUUCCAGGAUGAGGGUCAGGAGCUGGGCAACCAGAUUCAGAUCCUGACAGUGGGCCAUUCACCUGCCCAGGAGAGCGAGGCAGAGGGCCAGGGUGAGGCAGUGGGCAACACACAGUCACAGGGCAAACAGGACCUACGGGUCACCAUGCUGAAGAAAGGAAUCUCCAGUAGCAUGAACUUCGAUGAAGAGGAGGAUGAAGAUGAUUUGGUCAGCUCAAGCUCAUCUCAGCUAAACAGCAACACAAGACCUGGCUCUGCCACCAGCAAAAAGUCCAGCAAGGAGGCAACCUCAGCUUCCACCCCAUUGGCCAAUGAGCCAUCCAUCGACGUGGAUGACCUGGAGGAGUUCACUCUCAGACCCGCCCCCCAAGGGGUGACCGUGAAAUGCAGGAUCACAAGAGAUAAGAAGGGCAUGGACAGGGGCAUGUACCCCACCUACUACCUCCAUCUGGAGAGGGAGGACGGCAAGAAGGUUUUCCUUUUAGCCGGGAGGAAGAGAAAGAAGAGCAAAACAUCAAAUUACCUCAUCUCCAUCGACCCAACUGACCUAUCACGAGGUGGCGAGAGCUUUAUCGGCAAACUGAGAUCAAACCUUAUGGGUACCAAGUUUACAGUAUAUGACAGUGGUGUGAAUCCAGUCAAGACCACCUCCAGCCUAGAAGCAGGGAAUCUACGACAGGAGCUUGCAGCAAUCUGCUAUGAAACUAACGUUUUAGGGUUCAAGGGGCCUCGAAAGAUGAGUGUCAUUAUUCCUGGAAUGAACAUGGACCAUGAAAGAGUCUCCAUCAGGCCUCGAAAUGACCAUGAGUCUCUACUGGCUCGAUGGCAGAACAAAAGCACUGAGAGCGUGAUAGAGCUCCACAACAAGACGCCUGUGUGGAACGAUGAUACUCAAUCGUAUGUGCUCAACUUCCAUGGCAGAGUCACCCAAGCAUCUGUCAAAAAUUUUCAGAUUAUUCAUGACAAUGACCCGGAUUACAUUGUAAUGCAGUUUGGUCGUGUAGCAGAGGAUGUCUUCACAAUGGACUACAACUACCCCAUGUGUGCCCUGCAGGCGUUUGCAAUUGCUCUGUCCAGCUUUGACAGCAAGCUAGCCUGUGAGUAGCCGUCUGUCUCUGCCAGCCACAACCGAAAGAACCCAGCCAGACUGCUUUACAUUCUGAAUCACUGAGUAAAGGGCUGCGGUGAACUCCAAGGCAGCAGGGUCCCUCUUUCAAGAUCCUUCUUUUGGAGACAUGAAUGCGUUUAGAGUUUGUGUCUUUGUGUGAAUGUGUAUGAAUGAGGUGUGUGUGUGUGUGUGUGUGUGUGUGUGUGUGUGUGUGUGUGUGUGUGUGUGUGUGUAAGCGAGGAUUCGUUUUUUUGUUGUUGUUGUUGUUUUUUUUAAGGGCAUCACAGUUGGGGGAAAGCACAAAGACUUCACAAUUCAAGUGGGUGGAGAAAGUAGCUUUCAUUACUUAACCGACAAGGUAACACUAACAUUUUGCUAAUGUUAAAAUAAGGAUCUUUUACAGUAGUACUUGUUGUCCCUAAGAUUAAAAACAAACAUCAUAUUGCCAUGGUUGUAAUUCUAAAAGUAAUUAAUGUUCACUAACCAUUCAAUUAUGAUUUUUCACAAGAAAUGUAACAUGUUGCUGUGAUUUAUAACAGUUUGGAUAUUUGAUUUAAUGAACUUUUUCAAAUUUGACAUUUCUUCAGUUAUACAUGUCACUUGUGUCAUACAUGUCAUUUAACGUAUCGAUUCAUGCUUCACAAGGACUCCAGAGCCAGUAUGAAGUAUGACAGAGACAUAUUUGUCCACUAUUUAUGUAUUUAUAAAUGUCCAUACCAUCUACUGCUUGUGUCUUACCCCAUGCCCAUAAUUCACUGAGCUUCAAGCACAAAGCUUGACCAGGGCGCCUUCACAUCUGAGCUUUUGGUGUGGAUUCAUUACAAUUCAACUGGUGAAUGCGUGACAGUUCCACAAAAUAGAUGUAACCAUUAUCAGUCCAUGUCCUUCUGUACUUAAACUGCCUCAAUUAUGCUAUUUUAAAGAUUCCUAAUUUUGUUUUGGAGGUCUCCUAUAAUAGGUUUACAUGCAUCAAAAAACACUUUCAUUUUCUCAUAAUAUACAUUGCAGAAUCACCUCUUUUCUCACAGUGUCUGAAACGGUUCAAUAAAGGAAUUUCCCAACAAAACACCCAUCACCAUAUCUGAAUUUCAGCUCCAGAGGCUUCCUCAGCACUUGUAUACACAAUGAUAUGAACAAUAAUGAUGGCAGCCAAUGAAGACUAUAGACUUGCAUAGACGUAGAUUAUGCAAAUUUGUAAGAAAGUAAAACUGGAAUUACUGAUGACUUGUUUCAGGCUGUUCAGAAUCGGUUCUUUCUUUUCAUUUAUUGUGCAUUUUGAUUUUUGAAACUUUGCAGACCUUUUACAUUUACAAACGGCUAUAUUACACACUACAUCAAAGGUAAUAUAAGAAAAAGCAUAAUAGGUGCACAUUAGAACAGUUUCAGUUGAUCUCAAGUGGACAUGAGAUUUUAAAACGGUUGUAAUGGCAUUACAACUAACCAAAAUGAAUGGUUCACCAGGUCCACACCACACCAAUAGUUCUAGUGUGAAAGUCCUAAAUGGUGGCAGAAGUGUGUAGUAAAUAAAUAUGUAUUUUAUGUGAGGGUCAAUAUCAGGGUAAGUACAUUAUCAUCUCGUACUGACCCGCUACAUUUGUAGGGGAAUGUACCGAAUGGAGCACUUUAUUCAGAGAUUAAUGGUGGAAAGCUGUAAAUAUUGUGCCUUUGGACGAGACACUUGUGAUGCUUGAAGUUGGUGAGAUGCUACAUUGUUUUCUUCAGCCAGUGUUGUUUAUCAUGCAGCUACUUAUAAGCUUCUGUCGUUGUUCUUAAGAACAAUCUGUAUAUUUCCAGUAUAUUGGGCUGUAUAUUUCCUGAAAGAUCAGGUUUAUUUGCCUGCUUGUGGAGUAGAUGGUUUUCCAGAACAGAGAAUCUUCUUAUUUGACACACUGAGAUGAGCAAGUUUGUUUACAUGCACUAAAAUGAUGAUUUGCCAUGUAAACACUUUAGUCUAAUUGACAUUACACCAAUCUGAUUUUUGCAAAGUCAGACUAACAGCCCUUGAUUAUGUGGUUGUAGCUGGAUUAUAACUGCAUGUGAACAUGCUUAGCAACAGUUGAAGUCACCUAUAAAAUCUCCUGCUGCAUGAAGAUAGUUGUGAAAAAUGUGGCUCGAACAAAGUGUCAGUGGAAUUUCAAAUCAUCAUCCUUAAUUGUACUAUAGCUUGUACACUUCUGUCUUUGCUAAACAAUGCUGGUGAAUAAAGAAAGGAAAUUUAACUGACAAAAUCCAAAAACCUGCUGUACCAACUGCCCUUAAAGCCAAACUAUUCUUUAAAGCAGGGAUGGCAACUUCAGUCACGGAGGGCCACCGUCCUGCCGAGUUUAGCUCCAACCCAAAUCGAACACACCUGAACAAUCAAGGUCUUCAGGAUAACUAGGAAGCUACAGGCAGGUGAGUUUUUAUGUAAACUCCGCAGGACAGUGGCCCUUCAGGACGAUGUUGCCCAUCCCUGCUUUAAAGCAUUGUAGAAGUCUUCAGAUGGCCAGUUAUUUACUAGCUCUGCUCUGUUACACAUUAGCAUGCCUUGCAGUUGAUUUUUAUCAUGCUAUUUUUCAUUCCAGUUGAAUGUCUCAAGUCUUGGAAAUUGGAUAAAUGAAAAUUUUUUGUCAUUGUCUAAAAUGUAAUACCAUUAAUGUUGAAAGAAUGUUUCAAAUCAUCUUAGUUGUGUUUCCUGCUGAGUGCCCCUUCAAGUUUGUUGUCCAUCACACAGGGGAAAACAGCAUCAUCUAAUAUUUAGAAUGUUUGUAUGUCUUAAACAAUCCAAGAUAAAGGCAGGAAAUGUGCUGCAAAUGGCAUUUUUUUUCUUACUAUUCUCUUUGGUCAUAAUUAAUGUUGUGGCUUCAGACAUCACAUUUUGAAAUGUAUCUUUCCCUCAGAAAAGUAUUUUUAAUAUUACUUUUUUAGAGAAUAAUAUAACAUGUAUAUUAAAUUCUUUGGCCAAAUUGCAAAGAAAUAUGAGCAAGUUAUUAAAGUUUGUUUUUUAAAUGCCUCGUGAUACCAUUCCAGCACUUUCUAUACUUUAUGUAAUGCUCUAACAGUUUUGGGUUUGCUCUAAAUGGUUAAAACACUGAAAAUUAAUGUUUUUCUGCUCUUUUUUUAUAUGUUUGAAAAAGUCUCACCACUCUUGUGUUAAAGUGAUAAUGUAUAACUGUUAUGUCACACUGUUUUGUAAAAUGUGUACAUUGGUCAAUAUACAGUGUUUGUAUACAGUACUCAAGAUAUGAAAAAAAAUAAUAAAUCUGAAUGUGAAUUUUCGCAUCUCAAAUAUUUAAGAUUAAA